AUGCAGGCAGUACUUCAGCAGGCAGAUACAUACACAGCUUUGUAAAAGGUUCUGCCUAGAGUAAUCGAUAGCACAGUCCUGGGGGAUGCCAGUUUCGGUCCCAGCUGCAGACAGACGGCAGAGAGCCUCAGCAGCAUUUUCUCUCAGUUUUCUCUCUUUAGUCUUCUCUAUCACCGCAUUCAGUAGUAGCUACUGGUGUGAAGGGACAAGAAAAGUUGCCAAACCUUUUUGUACAGGGCAGAGCAGAGGGGAUCACUGCAUCCGCUUUAAUAGCCCUGAUGCCAACAACAGCAACGCUGUGCAAUAUAUUUGGGAGACAGGAGAUGACAAGUUCGUUGAUCAGAAGUUUCAUGCUGGAAUUUGGUAUUCCUGUGAAGAAAUUAUAAAUGAAGAAGGUGAGAAAUGUAGAAGCUUCAUCAGCCUGACUCCAGCUUCUGAUCGAGGAGUUUUAUGGCUGUCUAUUGUCACAGAGCUUCUGUACAUCAUUUUGCUUCUGACUGGAGUCAUUCUUAUGUCAGUAGAAAUGUGCUACUACAGCACUGUCAUUGAUGGGCUAAAGAUCAACGCCUUCUCUGCAGUAGUCACCGUAUUAGCAGGUCUUCUGGGCAUGGUUGCUCACAUGAUGUACACAACUGUAUUUCAAAUGACUGUAAAUCUUGGUCCUGAAGACUGGAGACCUCACACAUGGGAUUAUGGCUGGUCCUAUUGCCUCGCAUGGGCUUCCUUCGCUUGCUGUAUGGCUGCAGCUGUCACCACUAUUAACAAAUACACAAAAACUAUUUUGGAAUUCAAGCACAAAAGAAAAAUGCUGGGAAGGAGUUUAAAGAUUAAAUACAAGUUUCCUGAUCGUACAUCUCCAGAGAAAGCUUGCAAUGUGUAUGUGAACUCAUUUCACAACAGUACGGAGGACCCUGCACAUCCAAUCAAAGGCUUACGUCACCUGGCCACUAUUUCAGUUCUGUAAAUUUGAACAGUACCUCAAGGCAUGCUAUAAAUCAUAAUGUCAGAUCAAAAUGAAACAGUAUUAAUAAAAAUGUAUACUUGUGUAGUGUUUGUUUUUUUAAUAAAUAAAUCCUAUUUCCAUGGGUGUUUCAAGGAGGUCCUAGUACUGGGAAAGCAGAUUCAGGUGUCUCAGUUCCAAAAAGACAGUGAUAUACGCCCUCCAAUGCUCUGAUUUGUAAUCAGUCUCUAGUGCUAAUAUAAAGUAUGUGAGCUUGUUAGAAUUUUAGAGGAGACCCUAAUUCUUUAUUGAAAAGACUGUAAAGCUCCCAUCCCAAUCCGUGCUAUCCUAAGCUGUAUAUCAGAUAAAUCACCUGUUUCUUUUCACUGCUUAAGAAGGGCACUGGGAGGUUAGCUCUGGAUAGGCUGUAUUUAGGACAGAUGUCUGAAAUUAGACAAGAGAAUCCUCAGUUCUCAGACUUUCCAGUCUUAGCAUUUUUAAAAUUCUUCCUUACUUCAAGGGCCUUUGUGGCCAGCAAUGUAAAUUAUCUUGGCCAACACCAAGAUAUAACUGAUUUCACCACAAGAACCCUUAAAUUUAACACAGUGGAGCUGCAGCACACAUUAACAGAAAAUUGUGUGCCACCAUACACAUACUUCAGACCAAUUCAAAGAUGCUUCUCAUCUUGUGGAUGUCCCAUCCCUGGCAGUGUUCAAGGCCAGGUUGAAUGGGGCUUGUACAAACCUGCUCUAGUGGAAGGUGUCCCUGCCCAUGGCAGGGGAGCUGGAACUGGAUGAGCUUUCAGAUGCCUCCCCAUCUAAACCAUUCUAUGAUUCUAUGUGACUUUCAGACAUGUGAGAAGUUCAGAAAAAUUAAAAGGGCUGUAGUUGAGUAUCUUGCUCCUAUGACUUCUACAACUAAAUCUGCAGGCCUGGUUUCAUCCUCAUUUAUGAAAGUUAGUAUUAUUAAGGAAUUUACAUGGCUUAAAAUAUGGAUGAGUGAGGCUAACCGAAAAUAUCUCUUAACGAACUAAUCUCAUAAUAUUCUUAUUGUCAUAGUAUUUUUUAUAUGCAGCACCUAUACCCAGGUAUUCAGACAGUGAGGGAGAGAUGGACAAAAGAAAUAGAAAAUUUAUGAUUAAAGAAUAGAUUUUCCUGGAGGAAAAAAUACUACUUCAGAAAUACCAGUGGAGAAGCCUUGUUCUUAAUAUGAGGAAAAAACCCACAGAAUUAUAAAAAAGUGUGACCCAUUUAGAAGGUCACCUAAUCCGUCUUUUUCUCUAGGCAGGAUAAACUAAAUCUGCAUUGCUUUUUUACAGAUGUUUCAUUAAUCUCUUCUUUAAAGCUUUCAAAUACAGGCAUUCCAAAAUUUCUGUGGCAUUUAUCCUUCGUGCUUAACUAUUCUUAGCAGAAAAUUCUUUCCCUGUAAAUCUCCUCUGCAUUAACAUUAGCACAUUGUCUUUCUACGGCAGAAAUUGAGAACAGUUUAGUUCUAUCCUCUAGGAAGUACAUUUUAGGUAUUUGAAAUCUGUUUACAUAUAACUUGCUUCUACUUUCUAUAUUAAAAUACAUAUCUUCUUUAAAAAAUUCUUGGUAGAUCAUAGGUGUGCUUUAACCUUUGUUACUGUCACUGCUUUUCAUUGUGGUUUCUUCAACUGUUCCACAUUUUAAAAGUGAAAUAUUCAAAAUCACUGAAGAAUUUCUGAUAUCUGGAAGGUGCAAAAUGGAGCAGAUGGAUUAUUCAGUUUAUUUCAACACACAAUCCAUUUGCUUUUAGAACAAAGCAAGGCAACAUUGAUUCAUGUUUAGUUGUGAUGUCCUGUGAUUCUCUGAUGUUUUUCUGAUUAAAUUACCCAGUUGUUCCAUAUUUUGUUUCUGUGGAGGUGUGAAGGGCUUGGCUCUUGCAGAGGUUCAGACACAAGUAUAAAUGAGAACACAGCAAAAGCUUUUUUUCCGAGGGAGCAGAGUUCUGUUGACAAGCAAGUAGAUUUUGGACAAAGUGGAUGUUUGACUUCUUAGUUAAGGUAUAGUCAUUCAAACCAUAAAAGCCCAGUGCUACAACAGCAAAUAGAUGGAGCUUUGGCAGGUACUGCAGGAACCCACUACUUCUCAGUAGUUGUAACUACUCUCCUGAGGUAGAUUCAUGCAUGUUUCUUGAAGCCAGAGCAAUUGAAUUAGAGAUACAUGAAAAGGUUAAUGUCCCUGCAAGAUGAUAACCAUG